CCCUUUUACCCUUAUCAUCACUAUCAGUAUGGUUAAAUGCGCGCACGUGUAUAAAUCAGUAGUUUGGCCAUCGUUAAGUACUCGACAAUUCGUAAAAAAUAAAUUCAAUUGCGUAUGAAUUUUUCAUAGUAUCAAGUGGUGUAACGUUGUAAUAUGAUAGAGCCCAUUUGGAAAAAUGUUUGAAACGGACGUCUUUGGAUUUGAAGCAAUGAACAGAAGAUUCAUGUACGAAUUUUCUUCUUCAACUGCACUAAACGGUUUCAUGUUAGGGGGCAACAUCGGCGAUCAAAACGUAACAACCGAUUCGCUAUUUUACGACGACAGUUUCGAAGACGCAGACGAAGACGAUGGGUCUAUUUCUGAUUGUUCUACCAACUACAGCUAUGGAAGUGAUCCAGAAAUAACUGGAAAUGGUAAAUUCAAAAGACAUUGCCGCAAAAGCAAAUGCCCUCAGCAGCAAAUUCAGCAACGUCAAGCGGCCAAUAUGCGCGAAAGACGUCGUAUGCAAAGUAUAAACGAUGCAUUUGAAGGGCUCAGAGCUCACAUACCUACUCUACCUUAUGAAAAAAGAUUAUCCAAAGUAGAUACGUUGAAAUUAGCCAUAGGAUACAUCAAUUUUCUCAGCGAACUUUUAAAAUCUGAUAAAAACUCGUGUAAUCCGGAUGGAUCCAUCAAGAUGCCUACCGUUAAUGGAAGAAUUUACAAACAGACACCUAAAGAAGAACCUAGGAAAAUUAUUGUCAGAGGUGCUUAUGGGUCUCCCUAUGCGAUACAUUCUUUGUCGUGGUCACGCAAUAAGGAAAAUGUUGGAAAUGGAGUGAUGCACGCCAAAGUGUGGACACCUGAAACACCAUCAGAUGUGUCGCUUAAUCAUUCUCCUAAUUAUUCUGUAGAUAGUCGUAGCAGUAGUUCGCAGUUUGAAUAGAUUACCUAAUACCUACCGAAUUGAUCGCGAGUAUUCGAAACGUCCAUUUUAAUUCCAUGCAAUUCUGCAUAAUGUAUGUUUUGUGAAAUGUCGAUGAAAAUGCCGAGCCUUUGAAUAGGUACGUACCUUUCUACCUAUAAUACUUACGUAAGUAUAGGUACUGUUGGCAUUUUGUAGAGCUAUAGGAACAUGCAUGUAGCUGUAUGAUGGAACGAGACAGAUUCAUCAAGAUUUCUUGUAGGUACCUAUGUUUUUUUUUCAAUCAGAAUUUUUUGUAACGAUGUUUUUAAGAAUAUUUUAUGAUUAAACUAUACGUAGAAUUUUUCAAAUAGGCAAACAUCCUUCUAUUUCUUUUCUAAAAAGGAUAUUUGAAUGCUCGAAAUAGAAUUUGAAAUUAUUUAUUUUGAAACGUACCUUCUAAAAAAAAAUAACCUAAACCUACAAAUUAUAAAUUACCUGCACUUGUGAUUUCUCAAGCAUUCACUUGUCUUAGCUUACCAAAAAAUCAAUCGAUUCAAGGUGACAUUUUACCCCAAUUUUAACAUGUUCAAUAAGGCGGAUCGGUGAAAAUACAAGCGGAAAGAUUUUUAUCAAAUGCAGUGGAGAUCUUUAUUUUGAGUUGAAAGAUACUUGAGAAAAAUUGUAGCUUCAAAGGUGCUCCUGUAGAAGAAAUUUGAGGUAUCAAAGAGAGGGGAAUAUUUUUGAAUGGAAAUCCUAUUUUUUCGCUCCAGCCCCCCCACCCCACCCACCUAACCCGUUUUGGGAAAAAUUGCCCAAUUUCAUGACAUAUGCAUUUGAGAUUCUAUGUCGAUUCAGACCAUUGUAAUCAAAAUCCAAGACCACUUUUAAGGUUUUACCAACUUACUAAGUGGUUGAAAAUUUGCAAGUCGCUUGUUUUUGGGUAAAUUUGUGUUUUGAAAAUUUCUUGAUCUCAAAAAUAUUACUCAUAUAGUCAUAUUAAUGAUGACAAAACGUAAAAAGAUAUCAUUUCUGAAACUGAGAGAAUAUUUUCUUAAAUUUUUUGAAAUACAAUAGUGCCAAUUUUUUGCUCACUGUUGCCAAUUUCAAAAAAAAUGAGAAAGACAGCUAAAAAAAUUAUAGGUAAAAGUAUAAAAUUUUUUCGAAUUCUUGAAAUUGACAAUAUAAUGACCGAGAAUUGCCACCACUGAAUUCCAGAAUAUUUUCCCAAUUGCAGAAAUGGUAUCUUCCAUUCUUUUGGCAUAAUUCACGCUAAUAAUAUUCGAGAAGAAAUAUUUUCAAAACACGAUUUACCCAAUAAGCGAUUGGUAAAUUUUUAGCCACUCACUAUAUUCAGUAGAACCCUAAAAGUGGUCUUGAAUUUUGAUGAGAAUGUCUAUAUGAUCGACUCAGAACCUCAAAUCUUCUACCUUUUGUAAUAGGUCCAUUUUUUCGAAAAAUAGGUUGGGUGGGGGCUUGAGCGAAAAAACCACGAUUCUCUCGAAAAUACUCGCCAUUCUCAAAGGCCCAUAUCUCUUCUCUAAAGAUAAAUUGAAAGCUGAAAUAUUUUCUAGGUGACUGUUUUUUUUUCAAAAUUGGGGUUCUCACUGAAUUUAAUAGUCAAAAAUCUUCCGACAUUUCCAACGUUUUUUUCGCGAUACGUUUGAUUUUUUUUACAUUUCAGCAAAAUGAUUGAAACAUUUCCAAUUUUUAUUUCUGGUUCUUUUUUAAUUUUAAAAACAGUCGAUGAAUUGAAAAAAAAAUACAAGAAAAAUUCGAUGGAGUGGAAUUUUGAGAGAGAGGAUGAAUAGAAAUUGGAGUUUUUGAGAAAAAAAAAAUAUAUAAUAUUCAGAAUGAAAAUGAUUUUUUGCUAAAAUGUGCAAACUCAAUUGACUUUCAGACUUAAUUUCAACAUUUAAGUAUGUCAGGAAACGAAGUGAGUCCUAUUUCCUCAUGUCUUUUGUUACCAAAUCAUGCAAGUAAAAAAUCGAAUGGAAAAAUAAUAAAAUUGAACCAACACGAAAAUUUGUGUCACGACUUUUGCUAAAUGGAAAUUGGAUUUUUUUAUAAAUAAUGUUUUGUAGAAAGAUAAUAUUUUUUUAAAUGGGAGAAAAUUUGAAAACAAUAACGUCAGUUUGUGUGUUUUUUAGAAUUAAACCUAAAAAAAAUCAUUUUUUCCAACUUUAACUUUCAACUUUUGAAAUAUUAUUUCGCAUUUACUUACUUCAGUUUUAAGACAAGUUAAACUGGAUUUUAAAAUGUUUGGGAAUUUAAUUUAAAAAACAAAAUCAUUGGAAAAUUCCAUUUCAUUUGAGACUUUUUUCAAACCUAGAUUAGAUAAUAGGCUACUUACCUAGGUAAUUGAAAUUGGAUGUGUAAUUGAUUGGGUAGUUUGUACGAAUAGAUUCAAUUUUCUGAAUACUGAUCUACCUACUCUAGAACACAUUUUUGUGAAUCCUGAACCAGUAAUUACCUACCAUUUUUCUGCCUGGUAACAUUUUUGCCCCCCCCCACACCAAAAAAAACAGCGGAUGAACUCUUUUUUGCACUUAAUAGUCCUUAGACUAUAGAUGCGUUCUUUUUACACGGAUUUUGGCAGAUUUAGAAUCCACGAGAAUCCAUUAUAGUAAGUAGUAGGUUUUAAAAAUGGAUUUUGGAUUUAGAAAAAUAAGAUUUUUAAGGUUUUGAAAGUUGGUGAAUGGAAUCUAAAAAGUGCUUAAAAAAGAGAUUUUAAAACACGUCCAAAAUCCUGAUUCUCGAAAAUCUGCCAAAAUCUGUGUAAAAAAAAACACGUCUAAUAACCUUUGUGUUAUUUUUUCUGUCAUGAAUUUUUCAACUUUGGAUAUUCAAGCAGAGUCCUCUCUCCCUUGAAUUUAAAUCUGUCAGAUUAAGGCAAGUUAAAAGUAGUAGUAGGUACCUACUUAAUUUAUAUCACUUUUGAUCUUUGAACGAAAAUUACAAUUAAUUUCAUACACAUGGUUUUGUAUACAAUUUCGUUCUAUUUCGUGCAUCGAGAUAUGUUCUUCAAUACAGUACUCUUUUUGAUUACCUAAUAGCUGCAUAAAUUUAUAUUCUUCAAAUGUCAACUCGAAAUUAUUCUUUCAGGUGCCUAAAAAUUAUUAAUCAGAUAGCUAGUUUAACGUUUAGAAUCUCAUUUCUACGUCAUAUCUACAUUUCAAAGACUCUUUAUACAAAUAGGCAACAUAUAUUGUUGCAAUAUGUACCUAUUUAUUUAUUUAUUGUUUUGUAAAAUAAUUUAUUUUUGGUUUUUGUAUCUACCUUUUUUUUAUCUUUAAUUUUGCAUCUAGUCUUAUUUUUUAGAAAAAAGUUGUUACCGUUCAAUUCUCAUUUACCUAUGAUGUAUUUAAAUAUUAAUGACGUGCUCAGUAUCAAUGAAUUUUUCAACGAAGGAAUGUAAAAUGUUCUUCUUGAUGUAUCAAAUUUUUGGCCCAUAAAUGGCCAUAAAUAUUUCGUCUAUUGGUUCCAUUUUAUGGAAUCCAUCUUCUUUUUCUGUCCUGUUUAUCAUUUUAUUUUUGCUUUUUAAUUUUUUCCGUUUCUAUUUGUAAUUCUAA